AUGCUGCGCGGCAUUCUUCUUCUAUUGGUCGGGGCUUAUCAACAGCUGACCUCUGCUUCCACGAUGCCGAAAAAGUUCGGAACAAAUUCGAAAUCACAAGAAGCCCGUGAAAGACGAGAAACCACGAAAGAACUUCAGAAAGCAAAGCAUGCUGAGGCUGAAGAAGCCGCUUUUUGGGAAGACAACGACAAGCAUGUCAAUCGUAAGCUUCAAAGAAAGGAUGAACGAGAAGCCAAGCGGCUUGAGGCUAUUGAGAAAAAGCAACAGCUCAGAAAACUUCAUGAUGCUGAAAUGAACAGCUUACAAGGUUGUAAAUCUAAGCCUGCAUCUCAAACUGCAAGUAAACUUACGCAGUCUCAGAUAGCUGCUGCGCGUCAAAGGCUGAACGAACAGUUAGCUUCCCUAAAUUCGAAGAAGGAUGUUGAGAAACCCACUCCAUUAAUGAAGAAUCCAAAUUUGGAUGAGGUUAUUGUUGUAGAAGCAAGAACGGUCGAGGACGCCAUUGAGGCAUUGAAGAUUAACAAUGAUCCGACUGAUCGGCAUCCGGAGAAACGUCUAAAAGCAGCAUACCUAGCCUACGAGGAGAGGAUGUUGCCAGUGCUCCGCGAAGAGAAUCCGGGAAUGCGACUGUCACAGCUCAAACAAAUGGCUUUCAAAAAUUUUCAGACAGCACCGGAAAAUCCUAACAACCAGGGGCAUAAGCGGUACAAUGAGAAGUAA